AUGGGACUCCCCUUGUUUGUCGCUCCAGUCGAGUCAGAUCUCCCAUCCAAAGCUGCCGACAAGACAAGUGCAACAGCGCCACCUCGCUCCAGCAUCCGUCGCACACGCACUACUGGUCGCGUCACUGACCGCGCCGAACGUCGCAGGAUCCUGCGCCAUUUUGAAUCACUACGACAGUCUGGUCUUAUACCUGGCCCAGGUGAUGAUCAAUCUGCAUCAUGGGACACUGGUUUCCCCCCUGACAACGACCUGUCAACAAGGCCGCUACGCGAUGUGCUGAGAGAAAUGAACGCAUCCGAUGAACACAGAAGGAACCAUGUCGAAAACCGUCUACAUUCGUUAUUUAGGGAUGGCAGUAGUUCAUCCGCAAACCAUCCAGAGUCACUUAGGGAUGGGAUGACAGUAACAUCCGAUCGAUUCCCAACUCGAAGAUAUCCUCCGUUCCUGAGGACUGCCGAGGAUUACCGCGCAAUGGUUAACGCAAAUCUUGCCACUCAGAACCAAAUCAGUCUCUCACCGCAAUCGGCUACUCAACACAACCGAAACAUUGAUGGGCUAGGCGACCGCGAAAGGAGCCUCAGCCCUGAGGUGUGGGACACACUUCUGUCUACUCUCACCCCUGACCCUCAACCGCCGAGCGCAGGGUCGUCUUUUGCAUCAAUCAUGGCUUCUCAGAGUGCGGGCGCUACCUCAGGUACCUCUUUCACUGCUCCCGACCCAGCCCAGGAUACAGCGAUAGAUCAAGCUUGCGAGUCUGGCUGCGAGGGGUCCGAGACAGAAGAACCCGAUAAUACGCAAACCAUACUAGACCGAUUUCGACGACGUCGGGAACUGUUGCAGGGUGCUCGCGCACGGAUGUCUGAACUCCAAAGCCCUUUCAACAGACCGACCGGCCGAGACAGCGGUGCAGUUAGCUCUGAUUUGAGGCAUCCAAGAUCCCCGGAUGGCCCAAUGGUUGAUCAUUUGAGGCGCGCUAGAUCAAUCCGAGAUCGCACAAACCACAAUGGCUAUAACCGAGCGCGUCAAGCUUGGGUGGGACACUUAUCCGUCGGUAAUUCAGAUGACGAGCAAGGCCCAGAACGAACAAGACGUAUUCAAGAGAGCCCUGCAACAACUGGAAACCACUCGUAUAACACAGAAGAAGAUUGGAUGACCAUGCGACGUAUCGUACAAAGCAUUGCGCGGCGCGAAGAUAUUCCCGAUGACUGGUGGGCUGGGGCUGGCGUCAGUCGAACGCUGCCCGGUGAUGGGACGGAAUAG